GCACUCUGCCCAAGCUGGGAACGGGCUCCACAGCACACCUUGCUGCGUUCCCAGUGGGAGAGAGGGUGGGAGUGUGUGGGUCAGGAUGAGGCCUCUGCUCUGGGCUGCCUGCAGCCAGCUGCUGCCCCGGGGAGCUGGGCUCUGCGCUCCCAAGCCAGCUGUGACCACUAUGGUGACCGCAUCACACCACAGCCUGCAGCCUCUGGCCCUUCUGGCCACCUCCAGCUCCCCAGCCAGUGUGUCUGCAGGGUUCCUCCAGCCCAUGGUCCCAGGGAGCAGAGCCCCCAGCUGCUGGAGCUCGCAGUUCAACGUGCCCCCCAGUGCCCUGCUCGUGGCCCGGCCUGUGGGGGUCUGCUCCAUGAUGAGGCUUCCCAUGCGGGCAUCUGCGGAGGGACUGGACGUGGCGUUUGUCGGUGUCCCGCUGGACACAGGCACGUCCAACCGGCCGGGAGCCAGGUUCGGCCCGCGUCAGAUCCGCGCCGAGUCGGCCAUGGUGAGGAGGUACAACGGCAGCACCGGGGCGGCGCCCUUUGACUCCCUGCGGGUGGCCGACAUCGGGGAUGUGAACGUGAACCUCUACAGCCUGCCUGACAGCUGCCGCCUCAUCCGAGAGUCCUACCAGGAGAUCGUGGCCUCCGGCUGUGUUCCCCUCACCUUGGGUGGAGAUCACACCAUUACAUACCCAAUCCUGCAGGCUCUGGCGGCAAAGCACGGUCCCGUGGGACUGGUGCACGUGGAUGCUCACACCGACACCGGGGACACGGCUCUGGGACAGAAGCUCUACCACGGGAGCCCAUUCCGGCGCUGUGUGGAGGAAGGGCUCUUAGACUGCGGCCACGUGGUACAGAUCGGCAUCCGAGGCUCCUCCUAUGACCCCGAUCCCCUCAAGUACUGCCGGGAACAGGGUUUCCGAGUGGUCCCAGCUGAGGAGUGCUGGAUGAAGUCCCUGGAGCCGCUGAUGAGGGAGGUGAGGGCGCAGAUGGGGGACAAGCCGAUGUACAUCAGCUUCGAUAUCGAUGGGCUGGACCCCGCCUACGCCCCGGGCACCGGCACCCCGGAGAUAGCUGGGCUCACCCCUGCACAGGCUUUGGAGAUUAUUCGUGGCUGCAAAGGCCUGAACAUAGUGGGGUGUGACCUUGUGGAAGUUGCACCAAUGUACGAUGUCUCUGGCAAUACAGCCCUCCUGGGGGCAAACCUACUGUUUGAGAUGCUGUGCGUCCUCCCAGGAGUGAAGACACUGUGAGGGCAGUUCCCACCUGCCCCGGGGCAAUGCUCCUCUGUGUCCUCAGCCAGGUUUCCAUGACCCCUUCCCUUCAGGCAGCUGCAGCCAGCGUGGAUUUUGCAGCAUGAAAUAAAUGCCAUUUAGCACUAGAAAA